AUACAUGUAUAUGUAAUGUAUAUAUACAUAACAUCGAGAUUAAAAAAAAAACAAACACUUCAUAGUUCAUAUAUAAAUGUAAAAUGAGACAAAUAGCCCCAAAUAUGAGAUAAUGAAUAAAAUGUCCCCUUCUUCUUCCUCCUCCCCAUCUUCUUCCUCCAAAAACCGUCUGUCUCCUCCUCCACUCAAUCACCUUCCUACCCAUUUCACUCCGAUUCGAGAAUGUGAGAGAGAAGAAAACGAAGAUGAAGAGAGCAGCAGCUAUAAAGCGAGCCCAAUUGGUUGUGUUGACAAAAGAGAGAUUGAAGAUUCAACACACCACCACCCAACUCCACUUCAUCACCAAGCUGACAACGCCCGCAAAUCAACGGGGAAGAAACGGCCGGAAUCUGACAGCACGGCCGGAAACCACCGCGGUGUUUCGUGCAACAUAUGCCGGCCGAACACUCGCGAGAAGAUCUCUGUGGUCCCUUUGGACAACAACCAGCAAAGCAGCAGCAACAGAACCUCAAUUAUGAGUCCGAACGGUGUGUUCAAAUCCAUCUUCUCUUCUCUGAUCAGAAAGAGUCCGAAGUCGUCGGACACCACGCCGACGAGGGAGGAGCAGUGGAAGAUUGCCGUGGCCGAACUCUCUCACAAACUCAUUCACGCCACGAGGAAGCGAGACGAAGCUGUCCUCGAAGCUUCGAGGCUGAAGUACUCCAUGGCCGAGCUCGAAAAGAAGCUCAACAAGCUCGAAGUCUACUGCCACAAUCUGAAGUCGGGACUCGACGAGUGUUCUAAUAAUUCACGGACCGAAAUGAGUAUCAAGAGCGAUAACCAAAACGUGAAGUUUGAACCGAUGAGCAUCGGAGAUGGGGACAGAGUGAUAGAGCAUUUCUUGGUCUCGGUCUCGGAAGCUCGGUCGUCAAUUCGACUCCUGAGCCGCUCACUCACGCUUCAGAUUCGGCAAAUGGGUACCAAAGUGUACGAACGAAUCUCAUUACUUCUCAAACCUUAUGAUAUCGUAGUUUCUCUCUCUAAAAAUCCGAGAAGCUUGCUCAUCUACCUCGAAGCUCUACUCAACAAAGCCUUUUUCGAAGAGUUCGAAUCGAUAGGGUUUCAGAAAAACGCCUCUAAUCAAAUUCUGAACCCGAUUGACCGAUGCGAAGCCAAUUUUGUGUCUUACAGUCAGUUGAAAAGUUUGACAUGGGAUGAGGUUUUGAAUAGAGGGACGAGACACUUCAGUGAAGAAUUCAGCGGGUUUUGUGACCGAAAAAUGAGUGAAAUUGUGGCUAUGUUGGGGUGGAACCGAGCUUGGCCAGAGCCGUUGCUGCAGGCGUUCUUUGGCGCGUCCAAGAGUGUGUGGUUGGUGCACCUUUUGGCCAAUUCGGUGCACCCAAGUCUGCCCAUUUUUAGAGUGGACAAGAAUGGGAGGUUCGAUUCGGUCUACAUGGAAGAUAUGGGUGGAGACAGGGCCCGGAAGCUGGUCCCGUCGGUGGUUCGGAUCAUGGUCGCACCUGGGUUCUAUGUCUACGGCAAUGUGGUCAAGUGCAAGGUGAUUUGCAGGUAUCAGAACAGUGGCAUAAACAAUGAUAAUAAUAAGGGUUUGACUCCUUCACCUAUAUGAUGAUUAUGUGGUUGAUAGGUAGUGGGACCCUUUUCUUUUUUUUUUUU